UUAAUUGAAAAGGGAGCAUUUGCCUGACUAAGGAAAUUCAGGCAAUGUAUCAACAAAAAAGCACUAGGAGGCAACUAGUUCUGCAGGUGGUUGUGCAGGUGUUUUUCUCAACCACCUGUUCGUGCGACCAGCUGUUGAGCAGAGUGGUGACCACCAAGUAUGGCCCCAUACAAGGAAUUAUCCGCCAACACUCAUCAGCAACACUCCCCGCCGUGGAGGCGUUUUUGGGGGUACCCUACGCCAGCCCUCCUACAGGGGAAGGUCGGUUUACCCCAACUAGCUCCCCAUUGCCAUGGGAUGCGGUGAAGAAAUGCACAGAACUUGCCCCUGUGUGUCCCCAGCAACUUCCCCAUUUGGGGUACCCUGGAGGGUCGCUGCCACCUGAUCGAAUGCAAUAUCUCAGAUCUGCGAGUCGAAAACUAGAGCGUCAGAGCGAAGACUGCCUCUACCUCAACAUCUACGCACCUCAUGACG